AUGACUUCAGUCCCAACAAUCUCCUCGGAUCGUAGCGACUGGCGGUCGAAGCAAAAGAAGGCUAAGAAUCUGCCCAUGAAGCAUGAAGAAAAAAUAUUUGGUUCAGGGAGCAAGUUCACUGAAACCGAUACCCACGCCAUCUGCGCACUGUACUCGAGAUACGGUAGUCUCAGACGAUUUGUGAAAAACCACGGAGAAAUGGUCAACCAGGAGAUCCUCUCACUGGCUGGAGCGCGGCUAGAUAAUCUGUUUUCACAACUUUCUCAUGUCUUGGGAAGCUCUAACGAAUUUUUAGAGCUUGACAGAGCCACACGCGACGCAAGUGGUAUUUGGGGUAGCGCAGCUGAAUGUAUGUUCUCCAUUGUGAACCGUUUUCACGAAGAGCGCGGCUAUAGAAGCAACGCCUACCAUAACAGUCCCUAUCAUAAGACGCGGUCGACUGGCGGUCCAAGACCUGAUCUCGAGUCUCCUACCAAGCUUCGUAAGAGAGCCAUGGAACAAUCAAUUGAGCAAAAGAUGAGUUUCAUGAAAUUCCAAGAGACCUCAGAUGACUCCGAAUCCGAGUCCUCCGACGCUGACAGCAUCUCGGUGGCCUCAACAAGCCAUGACGGAGCAGUUUACAGUCACAAACAAGAGUCUUUUCAGGCCGGCGAUGAAGCGACGGUGAAUACUGCCCUGGUACUCUUAGUGUUGCCGUUAGCAAGCAUCGACGACGUAAUCGGGCGUGUGAAAUUUGACCGCAAAAACUACGUGGUAAGUCAUGGCGAGCGAGAUUUUUACACGGCCAAAGUAGACGGCGUGGUCCUGGGGCAAUUCAAUGGGAGAGCGGACUACUUUCGCACGAUCGCUUUCUUCGAAGCAAAAGGGAAUCUUCAGGCCGCUAAGAACGGCACUGCGCGGAGGCAGGUCUGCUCUGAGAUGGCCGCAAUCAUUCACAAUGAGGACGAUAAGGACCUGGGCCGCGUCUUUCUCGGCAGUGAUGACGAUACUGACGAAGAGCUACGCCUCCCUUACUUUCUAUGCCCAGAUAGGCAGACUAGGUAG